AUGGACGGCUUGCUCCAACGCAGUGCCAGCAUGGACGGCUUGCUCCAUCACUGGGCCAACUUCCCCUCCAACCUUGCAAGCGCCGGCCAGGCCGGGAGGACCUUCACUGAUCUCCCUGCCGUCUUGCCGCUGCUCAAGAGGAACAUCACCCAGGAGGAGACAAGAGGAAACGCUGAGAUCUUGGCCAGAGCUCUGACCUGGGGCAACACCCAGCAGACAAUUGACCUGCUCAAGACAGUCAAUCUUGCCCACCAGCCUACCGAGCUUCUCAUCACCUGCUACAAUCUUGUCUUCUUCCCCUUCCUCUUUGCCCCCAUCCUGCGCACCCUGCUCAUUCUCACCUGCCCUCAAUAUCUUCCCUCCAGUAUCACUUCCACUCCAGCUGUCCUGUUUGGGUAUAAGGAACGCUCAGCUGUCAAAGAAUUCCCGUUCUUCUCUCUACUCGGUCAGUACUUCAAACUGGAACCCAUCCUAUCAAGAUCCAACUGUGCAGGACCCUGGGAACUGUUUUGA